AUGCUCCUGCUGCACAUGAUUCGUGAAAUUGAGUCGAAGCUGGAAGCUCAGGGCGGCUGGGAGCGCGGGCGGCCGGGAGUACAAACGCCGGCGAGGUGCCCGGCCCUGUGCCCGGCCCCCGGCGCGUGCGCGCUCCCGUCCACCUUGGCAAGGAGCGGACGCCGGUUGCGCGCAAACCCUCAGCUGUUUCUGGGGCAACCGACACGCCGCGUUGCCCGGGCGACCGCCAAACGGAAGCGCGUCGCUAUAGCCUGCGGCGGGCGCCAGUCGCUGUUCGCCACGUUCGAUUGGUCAGUGCAAGUGGAGACUCCGCCCACAUUCCCGGGCGGAGCUCGAGCUGCGGCGCCGCGCUGUGAGGAUCUCAGAGCUCAGCACUGCGAAAUGAGCGUAACCGUGAGGAGUCCCCGCGAGAAGUAUGGGGAGAAUGAAGACGUGGGAAAGGAAGCGGCGGGCAGACAUCCUGCAGAGGUCCCGCAGGCUGAGGAAGGUUCGGACACGAUUUCGGACUCUGACCUGGAGACUGAAGGCCCCGAUGGCUGUGGAGAACCAGGCAGGGACACCCUCUACCUGAGGUCUUGCCAAGCCCAUGGUGUUGUGCCUAUCUCCUGCUUUCUGCACCAAGCGAGUGCCCCGGAGCUGAACCUGCGGCACCAUGGCCUGGGGCCCCAGGGGGUCCGGGCUCUGGCUUCCUCAUUGGCUUCCAAUCCCUAUGUCAAGCGGCUGGACCUUGGGGACAAUGGGCUCUGUGGAGCUGCAGCAGAGGCCCUGGCGGUUGCCCUGAGCAAGAGCAGCAGCAUCUGUGAUGUCGACCUGUCAGAGAACCAGCUGGGAGCAGCAGGCGCCCAGGCCCUCUGUGCCACCCUUGCAGGGAACCCAGCUGUGCAGAAGAUUCAACUGUCAGGGAACGGGCUGGAGGAGCAGGCGGCCCAGCAUCUUGCUGAACUCAUGCUAGCCCACACAGGCCUGAGAUCCCUGGACCUGAGCUAUAACCAGCUGAAUGACGAAGCAGGAGAGAUGCUUGGACCAGCCUUGGCAGAAAACACUGGACUCACAGAGCUUAACAUAAGCUGGAAUCACCUCCGAGGCCCAGGAGCCAUAGCGUUUGCCAGGGGACUGGAGGCAAACAUCUUCCUUAAAGUCUUAGACAUCUCAUACAAUGGCUUUGGAGAUCCUGGAGCCUCUGCAGUGGGCGAGGCCCUCAAGGUCAACAACGUUUUGGAGGAACUAAACAUGAGCAAUAACCGAAUCUCUGCCAUGGGAGCCCUGAGCCUGGGCCUGGGCCUCAGGGUCAACCAGACACUGAGGAUUCUUGUUGUGUCCAGGAAUCCCAUGCGAAGUGAAGGCUGCUUUGGUCUUCUCAGGUCCGUGCGGGACAAUCCAGCACCUGCACUGGAACUACUGGAUUUCUCCGAUAUCCAGGUGAACGCAGAGUUUGAUGAUCUUGCUAGCUCAGUGAAGGUGAUUCUUCCAGGGCUUUGCGUAAAGACUGGUGCUCAUAGAGCAGAGUAUGAAAAAGAGUUGCUGCCAGUCUUCAGACUGUCCCUACCAGCCCCAGCCUCUAAAUGACUUUGGAGUGUAGCUUCUCAUUUCCUGCUGCCAGCCACUUCAACUUGUACCUUGAGCACUCUUUGACUCAUGAUGCCUUGUGACCACUUGUGUCUGUGCUGAGUCCCUCCAUCAGCUGGAUGCUAAGUCCUAUGGAGCUCGCCUUCAUGAUGUCUCAGACACCUGCAGUUCCUGUCUCUCUGUCCCUGCGCUAAUCAACACAAGCCCUGACUGCGUGCUGUACAUGGCACUGGGCAUGGAGUUAAAGAUACCCAAACAAGUCCCUGCCCUCCAGAGAUUCAUAUUCUCGUGACCUGGGAAACUAUCAAAAUAUGAAGAGGUGUGGCUCAGCGUCUGUGGCUCAAGCGGCUAAGGCACCAGCCACAUACACCUGAGCUGGUGGGUUCGAAUCCAGCCCAGGCCUGUCAAAACAACAAUGACAACUGCAACCAAAAAAACAGCCAGACGUUGUGGCGGGCGCCUGUGGUCCCAGCUACUUGGGAGGCAGAGGCAGGAGAAUCGCUUCAGCCCAGGAGUUGGAGGUUUCUGUGAGCUGUGAUGCCCUGGCACUCUACCCAGGGGUGACAGUUUGAGGUUCUGUCUCAAAAUAUAUAUAUAUAUAUGAAGAGGUGUACAA